UAAUGGAGUCGGAAAAACAGACGCCCACCAAGAGUGCUAAAGAUAACGAUGAUAAGAAGAAAGGACGUCAUCGGAAGAAACAUACGUACAACGCAAUAAGGACACAGAUUGAGUUUUAUUUCUCCGAUGCCAAUCUGAGCAAGGACCGUUACAUGGGACAGCUGCUGCGCAACGAUUCGUUCAUACCAGUAGAAGAGUUCCUGAAGUUUAACAAAAUCAAGGCACUUACCACGAGCGUGGAGGAGAUUGCUACUGCACUCAAAAAGUCAAGUUUUCUCACACUAUCGGACGAUAAUCUGAAGGUGCGUCGUCAAAACGAGCUAGUAGCGCGUGCGAACUGCGAAGAAUGUACGCUGUACGUCGAAAGUUUGCCACCGAAGGCAAACCACGAUUGGGUGCGUAAUGUGUUCUCCAGCUACGGCAAGGUAGCGUACGUGUCGCUACCAAAAUUUAAGCACUCAAAGAAAAUCAAAGAAUUUGGCUUCGUCGAGUUUGAAGAGGAAACCAGCGUUCAGAAGGCACUUAAGACGUUCGAGACGUUCGGAGGAGUUCUCGCCUACGAGGCAGCGGACGCGGGAAAGAUGGCCAGCAUCAAAAGCUACGAACAGGACAAACUAGCGCAACUGCAGACUGGUGCGGAAACGAUCGUGCAGAAUGAAGGCGGUUCAACAACAACAGUAAACGUUGAAGUGAAGCCGGAAAGUAAUCCAGAACUCGCCCAAUCCGCAGAACAAUCCGUUGUUCCGGAUGAAGAAGACAGCGUUGAGCCACCACCGAAAAGAAUUAAAACGGAUACAGAUUGUGACGAAGAUGAGUCACAGGACGGACCUCAGGCAGAAGUGGAGCCACACAAAAGCGUUGAUUCGGUUGAGCAAGUCAACGAACAAAAACUGGAACCGGUGGACGAUGUUACGAUCGCUCAUGGGAAGAAAAAAUGCCGCCAAAGGAAAGGAUGCAGUACCAUGCAGAAAGAGUUGCAGUUGGACGAUAAGGUUUAUGAGUUGAAAAUAAUGACAAAGAAAGAAUGGCGACGAUUACGGAACAAAUAUCUCAACUUACAACGCGAUGAAGCCAUUAAGCUCAAGCGACUAUUUGCGCAGUCCGAAAAGCAUCACCAACGUGGGCAGUCCAAAUCGAACGCUUCCGGAGUAGGAAAUGGAAAAUCGGGAAGCGGUGGAAUGAAAUCGAUUAAGUCGUCCCCACGGGUCAACUUCUAUGGUGCCAUGCCUGUCGAUGAGGAGCAUCCCGGAGCAGAAGGAUGUAAUGAUGAGCCGGAGGUCACUGAGACGAGUGCCGCUAUGUCCAAGCAUCCCCUAUUCUCCUUCGAACCGGGGCUUAUAGUGGGCAUAAAGUUUCGGGAACCAUGUGUCGACAUAAAGGACUUCCGAGCCGAGCUAAGACAAUAUGCGUAUGUGAAAUACGUGGACUUGAAAGAAGGUGACUUUGAGGCGUUCGUUCGCGUCGAUAGUAAAACCAACGCCAACGCGCUAGUACAGGAAUACAACUCCGCGGAACACAGCGCUCUGAUACUCAGUGGCGAGCUAGAGCAACAGUAUUGGCACAAGAUGUUGCGCGAUCGAGAGGACAAACUGAACAAACGCGUUAAAACGGAGAAGGUUCGUGGGCGUACGAAGUUGAUUCGUAAGAUCAAUAGCCACAUCAAGUUUGACGAUGAUGACGACGAUUAG